AUGAGUUCCGGGAAGUACCCAUUUCCCAACGACACUAUUGAACAAGAGCGCCUCGCGCUUCAACAUCAGAUCUGGGAUGUAACCUUGGGACACAAGCUUUGCCUCUGCCCCAAGAAUGUCGGGAAAGCCAAGAAUGUGCUUGACGCUGGCACAGGCACCGGACUCUGGGCGAUUGACUACGUCAUUGCAGCGGACGCACACCCCGAAGCCAAGGUUGUCACAGCAUCUUUGAUCAUCAUCAUCCACUGA